AAUCUACUUGGAUACUGAAGGUACAGCAAAACCUGCAUGCCUACUGUAAGACAGAUAAUUGACUGUCUUGUUGCUGCUCGACCCAUGCCAAUCCGAUGCGGCCCCUGCCUUACUGCUAAAUGUUCUAAUACUGCUACUAACAAUCGCGAUAGUAAUGGCGUUAGUAGCACGGCUAACAGCAACAACAUCGACAGCUACAUCAACAACAACAAGAAUUUACACGCCUACGAGAACAUUCAAAGCUUUAGUAUACGCGAAAAUGUCCCUAUUGGUCGCACGAUUAAUCGCGACUAGAAUUUUCAUUUCUGUGCAGUGCUGGGGAAGUUUGACGAAUCUUUCCCAUAUCUCGAAUCACAAUUUUUGCUGAAAUUUGUUAGAAUAGACAAAAUAAGUUUAUUAAAUAAUAUCUUUUUUUUUUG